AUGUCUGAUAAAGCAAGCUGUUCUGGGGCUGAAGGGAGAUCCUUACAUUUAGAGGAUGAUACUGCCAGAAAUGGGGAACAGCAGGAAGAAACGAAAUCUGGGGCUUUAGAUAAUCAAGAUGAAGAGAAGAAAGAAGAAAAUAAAGAUGAACAGAAGAUGGGAGAAAAAAAGAUGAAGGGAAGAAGGAAGAAAAAAAAGAGAAAAAAGAUGAAGGCAAAAAGGAAGACACAAAUGAUGAAGAGAAGAAAGAAGAAAAACAAGAUGAAGAAAAGCAUGACGAGGAGGUGCUUAUAUGAUCUUUUGAGAGAAGCAAAUAUGUGCAGCAUGGUUGGCUUUAUCGACCCUGCUCAAGUUAGUGCCAACGCUGGGUCACUAACUGACAGAUCACGAAUUGUAGCCAGUCGACUUCAGAAAACAGAUGGUGAACAGAUUUUCAUGAUGCCUUACAAUCCAGGCCGUCAUUGGGUCUUGCUGAUUGUGAGGGCAAAGAGGGAAACCGUCUAUUUUCUGGAUCCUCAUAGGCAGACCAGGCCGUAA